ACUGUCUGUACUUGUAGGUUCGACAUUACUUCUGGAAAAAUUUCCUCAAAAUGGGUCAGGUUGGUGUGAUAAACGUGGAGCAGAGGAAUCAGGAUUUCACAUUCUAGCCAAAAACAAACUUGCGGCCGAUUUCCUUGACAAAAUGGCGGGAAUGCUCUUGAUGAAAGAAUACAAUGACGUGCUAAGGAAGGAUAAGAAGGGGAAGAUCCCAUAUGAUUAUCUCCAUGAUGAUUAUCCGUGUCGUAUAUACGACUUGUUUCUUCCAGACAACAAAACUAUAGAACAUGUGCACGUUCGUAGACUAUGCGAUAUCGGAAAAAAGAAGAAUGAAAACAACGAACAUGAAAAUGCGAUUUACAUAUUUAGCAAAAUCCUUCUCACAAUUAAAAGAGAUCACUUCAUGGGGCAUGAGGACAUUCAUGCAUUUACACUGAAAAACAGAGCUGACAGUUAUCUGAAGAUCGGAGACUCUAAUAAGGCACUGAACGAUGCAAAUAGAAGUUUAAAGAUUGUGCCAAGUUAUGAUGUUUUUUUGAUACGUGCUAAGGCAUCAACAAAUUUGGAAAGAUAUGAUCAUGCAUUUGACGAUUUCAUCAAUGCAUUUCAUUAUGCUGGAGCUUGUACAACAUCACAAGUACUUGAUGUAUGUGAGGAAAUAGUAAAGUUUUUGUUCCAGCUACCAAACAAGCAAAGUACAUAUAUGAUUCAAAGAAUAUCAACAACUUUGCCUGGAAAUGGACCUUUAUGGGCUAGGAUCUGUCAUAAAUUUGUGCUCCAAAACGAAUGGAAAACUGGAAAAAUAGCACACAGCCUGAUCAAAUAUGACCAGAAUAUUCUACCUAAGAUACAAAUUAACGUAGCGUGUUUUUGUAGUUUAAAUGAUAUCAGGAGUCAUCCAUGGUCUGCUGAUAUGAUGCUGUAUUUCUUACAUUGUGAAUCAGAUAGGAAAGCUAUAUCACUUGAACCAGGUGACACAUACCUACAUGCUUCAGUGAGAAUAUCGUUAGUCGCUAGUUUUCCAGACUUAUUAGCAUAUGUGAUAAAGAAUACAAAUGCCAACGAACUUCACGUGUGUGACCAGGCUGGUAAUACAUUGCUUCAUAUAGCAACGAAGGAAAGAAAAGUUGAUAGGCGUGCAAGGUUUGGCGUGAUAAAAAUACUACUGGAAUAUGGCAUAGAUGCACAGAAACUGAAUAAUGAUAAGAGGACAGCCUACUCAUAUCUAUCUGGUGAAAAAAAGAACAGAGAACUUAUAGUAGAAAGCAUACAGAAACAAACAACAGGCAAUCAAAAGAAAAUGUUUAACGGUAAUGAAAGCAGAAGUCAUCCUAACAGAAAAAAUGCUAUGCAACAGGGUAAGAAAGAGAGAAGACGUAAAUGUGACCAAUGUGAGCAACAACACUCAAAGGCGCUCGAAAUUAUAUCAACAGACAAGACAGGUGGUCUGAAAGCAAUGACAGACAUUUUGACUUCGGACCAUUUAAACACAUUUCAUACUUCAAUUGAAAAGAAAGUUGUAGAUGAUUUAGUAAAGUAUCUUGAAAGUCCAGAAGAUAUAACAACAUUCCUUUCCCCACUGAGAAAAGCAAAGUUCUAUAUGAUUAUGGAAGGGCUGUUUUUAGUGCAAAAGUGGGCUCCAUUAAUUCUGACAGUUAAAGCGUUCAAUAAGAAGUUUGUAGACAACGAUCUGAAAAAAUUUACAUCAAAAUUUACGGUGGAGCCUUUAAUUGUUGCCACAGAAUCCGUUUCAGAUGAUGAAGAAUUUGAAAACAUUUGUUUCCUACUAAAUAAUGGUUGGAGCAUUGGAGAUGGAAAUGGCAAAGUGACUUUGAAGAAAGCUGUUGACUUGAAAAAGUUCAAAUUGAGUGUUGAGCUCAUUAAACGGGGUGCAGACGUGUCGGAUUUUACUCUACAAGAAGGUGAUACACCUAUACAUGCUCUGAUUAAAGUUGCACUUGAAGUAACAGAGUCAAAGUUUAUAGAAGAUUUAUUAAACAAGUGGAAUACUGACAAAGAUAAAUAUUCCUGCCUUGACCCAGAACAGGUUGAUGUUAAUGGUGACUGUAUAUAUCACCUUUUAACAAAAUCGGGUUACUCCGAUAUGGUUCUGCAAAUCACAGAGAUACUUUGUGAUUACAAUGUGUCCGCUUAUUUCUAUAAUAAAGAACAGAAAUAUCCUAGCGAAUAUGUAAAAAAGAAGCAUUUUCGUUUACUUGAUUAUCUCAAAAAUGCUUCAAGGAUAAAAGCAUCAAGAAAACAGGUUGCGUAUGAGACUUUUGAAAAAGAAGAUAAAAAUGAUUCAACAACAGGAGCACAUGAGUUUGAUCUAGAACACAAGCCGAAACCUAAAUCACGAAAAGAACAAAUACAAGAGUCAAGGAAAAAUAUUGAAUAUCUUCUAUCAUUGCUUCCUGAAUAUAUAGAAGUGAAUGAUGUUGUCUGA